AUGGAAGAUUCGACAUUAUCUCCUAAUGAUGCAGUUUCUAGUAUUUCAACACCAACUGGAACCGGAACAGAGAUAGUCUGUAAUACGUAUUGCACUAAGGACCACUGGAAAGCCGUCGAAGAAGAAAAUAAACCAAAAGCUUGGAAAUGCCUCUAUUGUAACAAUAAGACGUUUUCUAUAAAAACAAGUAGAUCACACUUAAAAGAACAUACUUUGAAAUGUCCUCAAUCUCCAAUAUCCGAGUUUCGAAGCGAUGAAUUCCGACAGGUUACAAAAGAAGAAAUGGAUAAGUCAAUAGUUGACUUGGUCAUUAGAACAGGGAUGUCUUUCAGUAUUCUUGAUAACCCAUUGUUUCAUCAAGUGGCCAGAAAUCUCUGUUAUGUUACAAAUUCAUAUAAAAUUCCGCAUUCGACAACAAUAUCACGGCACCUUACAGGCAAUAUAUUCGAUUUAAGAUUUGAAUUUAUCAAGAAUAUCCUAGCAACGUCUCCCAGACGAAUUUCGCUAACUUGUGAUGGGUGGCAUUCAACCGUUCAUAAGUGUCAUUAUAUCGUUGUUACAGGAUCGUGGAUUAGUGACGAUUGGAGGGUAGUUAAUAUAAUUUUAAGUUUCCAAAAAUCUGGCCAAACAGCAGAGGAUAUAUUAUCAACAAUAAAAACCACAUUAGAAGCAUAUUCUAUUAAAGAAAAAAUAUUCGCACUUACCAUGGAUAAUACUACGACAAAUAAAGCUGUAAGUCGGCUGCUCAAGAAUCAGUUGCCGAAUCAAGAAUUAAUAUCAAUAGUUAAAGAGGGCUUAAAGGAAAUAAGCCCGUUAAGAGAGAAAGUUCAUAAACUUAUGAAAUACUUAUCUAAUCCGUUAUCUAGUAGCCGAAUAGAAAUGCUGGAAUCAUACUGUCGAAUUUCUAGAAUAAGGCCUUUGCGACCUAUCCUUGAAGUAGACAUGCGUUGGAACUCUACGUUAGCUAUGUUUGAGAGGUAUAUUCAUCUACGUCCGGCCAUUUAUGAGAUGUGUUCAAAAGAAUCCUCCAUGCCUCCUUGCUUAGACAAUAAAGAGUUCGUGGCGCUUAUAUCCUUCUGUCAACUCUUAAAGCCAUUUGAAAGCGCCACAUUAGUUCUUUCAAAAGAACAAUGUAAUCCAAUUUCUGAGGCAAUAAUGGUGAUAUUAGAGAUUGGUCAACAUAUUAAGAAAGCUAACGCUAGGAUGGGUUACCGUAUGAAGAAAAAAUUUGAUAAAUAUUGGAACGUAAUUAUCGAUCAUGUUAUAAUUGCGCACGUACUUGACCCAAGGUAUAAGUUGGAACAUUUAAAGGUGACAUUAAUUGAAGUUGGUAAAUAUGAUGAGAAUGAAGCGGAACUUUUUGUUAAUAAUAUUUGGAAAAAGAUUAUUUCUCACGGAACAAAAUAUACAAAUGCGGAAUCCUCAAAUAUUGAAGCUAUUGAAACAAUUGAAAUUAAUGAUGAUUAUCCUACAAAUGAUUUUUUAUUUCCUAGAAGGAGAAUAUCAAAAAAAUGA